UCCGCCAGUCCUUUUCAGAAGCGGGGGGAGAGCAUCACAGAGAAAGCGCUCUCUAGCUUCGGAUACCGUGUACGACUCGGACGAAUUCAUAUCCCAACAUCAACCAGAGCAGGGGUCAGCGGACCAACGCAUACAACCUGGGAAAUUACAUUUUUUUAAAAUGGAUUCCUCUGGACAUUUCCUUCGUCGAAAGAAGACCUCAUCAAAUUGACUUCAUAGACACAGAAUCAUUACGCUGGUCACCCAAGAAGAGCCUAGAGGACUGUGAUGAAGACUCUGGAGGAGCCGCCCUACCUGACAGUGGGCACUGAUGUCAGCGCCAAGUACAGAGGUGCUUUCUGUGAGGCCAAGAUUAAGACUGCCAAGAGACUGGUCAAGGCCAAGGUGACCUUUAAACCAGACCUGACCACAGUGGAGGUCCAUGAUGACAGCAUCCAAGGCCCUCUGAAGGUUGGUGCUGUAGUAGAGGUGAAGAACCCUGAUGGAGUGUACCAGGAAGCCUCCAUCAACAAGCUGACAGACUGCAGUAUAUACACUGUUGUGUUUGAUGAUGGUGAUGAGAAGACACUGAGGCGUUCCUCUCUCUGCCUGAAAGGAGCACGUCACUUUGCAGAGAGCGAGACACUAGAUCGCCUCCCUCUCACCAACCCUGAGCACUUCGGCACUCCUGUCAUCGGCAAGAAGGGGAACCGGGGACGCAGGUCCAAUCCAGUUCAGGAGGAGGAGCCAUCUUCGUCGUCUAGUGAAGAGGAGGAGAGUGACGGGAGACAGAAUGAAGAGCUGUUUGGGAAGGUGGUGUGUGUUGAGGGGGGUUCUGCCUCUACUGGAGACUGGAAGAACAAGACCACAGCGUGGUACCCUGCCGUGGUCAUCACCCCAGACUGCCAUGAAGAGGCCAUCAUAAAGAAAGACAGCAUCUUCAUCCGCUCCUUCAAGGAUGGCAAAUUUAACACAGUGCUGAGAAAGGACGUGAGGGUGAUGGACACAGACUCCCCUCCUAAUGCUGACGCAGGGCUCAAACCAGCGCUGGAUGAGGCUCUGGAGUUUGUGCAUCAGGCGGCAGUGCCCAGCUCCUGGAGGACAGAGGUGAAGGACGAGAGUUCCAGCAGUGAGGAAGAUGGUGAUGAUGAUGAUGAUGAGGAAGACCAGGAGGAAGACGCCAGCGAUGAAGAGGAGGAGGAAGUGGAGCCCUUCCCCGAGGAGAGAGAGAACUUCUUGCAGCAGCUAUACAAGUUCAUGGAGGACAGAGGAACCCCCAUCAACAAGAAACCAGUGCUGGGCUACAGGAACCUGGACCUCUUCAAGCUCUACAGACUGGUGCAGAAACUGGGAGGCUUCCAUGAUAUUGAGAGUGGAUCCGUAUGGAAGACUGUCUACCAGGCUCUGGGAAUCCCUGUGCUUAACUCUGCCGCCGGCUACAACGUCAAAUGUGCUUACCGCAAGUACCUGUAUGGGUUUGAGGAAUACUGCACCUCCUGCGUCAUCACUUUCCGUAUGGACCUACCCCUGAAGCAGCCCAAGGCGGAGGGGGAGAGUGGGGAGGCAUGGUCAGGGGGAGCCACUUCCGUCCCCCCUGUAGCCUCCUCCAGCUGUGGAGAGGAACAGAAGCAGAAUGUAUCUGAGAAAUCCUCAGCGAGCUCAGAGACCAGCAGCGCUCAGCCUGACAUCUACAAGGAGGAGAAGACUGAGCUGACCAAGGACAAACCUGAGACAGAACCUUUGAAGCCUGUGCAGCAGAUGGCUGAAAGGGAAGGUGAUGAUGACAAUGAGGAAGAAGAUGAUUAUCACAAGCAUGAGUCUGAUGAUGAAGACUGGCCUUCAUUUGCUCGCCUCAGAGUGAAGCUGGAACCUUACGAUGAGGAGCAGGAGGAAGGGAAGGAGGAGGACAUCUCUGGGGAUGAGAGCUGCAGUCGGGAGGGCGAUGGUGGUGAUGAGGAUCUGGGGGAGGAAGGGGAGGAGUUUGAGUGUUAUCCCCCGGGGAUGAAGGUGCAGGUGAGGUAUGGGUGCGGUCGCAGCCUGAAGACGUACCAGGCCACUGUGAAAGAGGCUGACGUGGAGGGGGGAGAGGUGCUCUACCUGGUUCACUACUGUGGCUGGAACGUCAGAUAUGAUGAGUGGGUCAAAGCCGACAAGAUUGUCCGUCCGGCCAAUAAGAAUGUUCAGAAGAUCAAGCAUCGCAAGAAAAUAAAGAACAAAGCGGAGAGAGAGCGCAACCGCCUGGAACGACUGAACCAGGACCUGGGGAGUCCGUCCCCCAACAACCUACGUGUCCCCCGCCCCUCCUCCAAACUCCUCGGCCCUGGCUAUGGCUCAUGUCCCGGCUUGGCCCACGAGCUCCAUGUCUUCUCCAAGAUGGAGGACGCCUCAGAUAGUUCAACAGAUGACAUUGAUCACCAGGAUGAGGAGGGUGAUUGUGAAGACGAAGAUGACUGUCCAGGGGGGCGCUGCGGUCUCAGAAAGGGGUGUACCCCAGAACAUGUCAGAAAGGGGGGUACCUCAGAACAUCUCAGAAAGGGGGGUACCCCAGAACAUCUCAGAAACGGGGGUACCCCAGAACAUCUCAGAAAGGGGGGUAACCCAGAACAUCUCAGAAAGGGGGUUCUGCCUGAACCACCUCACGCCUUAGACCACUGGGAGGGUGCCACCUUUACCGAUGUCCUCAAAACCCCAUUGAUUGCAGGAAAUGGCCAAGAACCAAUCAACAAAGAUACCCCGGAGGCGGUGAAAUGGCGAAGCCAACCAGUGUUUGAGGGUGAGAGGGAGGGGCCGGGUAGCUCUGCCUCGAGGAAGAGGAAGUCAGAGGGAGCAACCCGGGAGCGGUCGGAACGCACCCCUAAAGGACCCCUGUCCAAAACCAAGCUCCCCACCCGGAGCAUCAGGAACGCUGACUGGCUGUCGAGAGACCCCAGGAAGGCCAGGGAGAGAGGAGGAGGGGAGGAGAGAGAAGGAGGAGGAGGGGAGGAGAGAGGAGGAGGAGAAGGAGGAGGGCCAGGGGAGGAGAGAGGAGGAGGAGGGCCAGGGGAGGAGAGAGGAGGAAGAGGAGGACCAGGGGAAGAGAGAGGCGGACCAGCAGGAGGAGGCUCUUCUGGUAGCAGCUCAGACGAUGAGGGAGGAGCACCACCUCCCACUGAUCCCAACCAAUCAGAGACCGACCGAGAGAGAGAGCAACCCAGUUCCUGUCCAAAAUCCAAACCUUCCCCCUCCAAAAAGUACAACGGCAUGAAGGACAAGACCGACAAAGGAGGCGGGAGUGGCAGUGGCGCCCGCCCUGCGGGAUUCUGGGAUAUUCCUGAGAAGAGGGCCAAGAUGGCUGCUACAGCGGAUGAGAGGGAGAGGCAGGUUGGUGGGGGGCGCACCAAGGGCCAGAAGGAUGUGUGGUCCAGUAUUCAGGCCCAGUGGCCCAAGAAGACCCUGAAGGAGCUGUUCUCUGACUCCGACACAGAGGCUGCUAACUCCCCUCCUCCCCCUGGAACGGCCCAGUCCUUCUCAUCAGGCCUGGAGGAGAGGGAGAGCAAGGGGGAGCGGAACGGGGAUGGAGACGAGGCAGGAAGAGGCCCGGAGAGGGAGGACCCUGGGACCUCAGAGGAGAACAAGGAGAAGGAUAGGAGGAGUGAGCAGGAGGAGUUCCCCCCCAGCGGCUCUAACUCAGUCCUCAACACCCCUCCUACAACCCCAGAGUCCCCCUCCAUGGAAGGUAUUAGUAGUGGGGCCAUUGCGCAAAGCUCUGGGACUGGUUCAAACUGGACUCAGCCCUCCUCUCCUCCCCCCUCCACAGGGACCCCUGCACUGUGUAAAACCCCCUCCUCUGACCCCCUGACUCCAGGAUACCCCAACCCCCGGACUCCAGGACACCCCAACCCCCUGAAUCUGGGGUUGACCCCAGGACACCCCAACCCCCUGACCUCAGGACACCCCAAUCCCCUGACACCAGGACACCCCAAUCCCCUGACACCAGGACACCCAAACCCCCUGACUCUGGGGUUGACUCCAGGACACACCAACCCCCUGACCCCAGGACACCCCAACCCCGUAACUCCAGGACACCCCAACCCCCUGACCCCAGGACACCCCAACCCCCUGACCCCAGGACACCCCAACCCCCUGACCCCAGGACACGCCAACCCCCUGACUCCAGGACACGCCAACCCCCUGACUCCAGGACACCCCAACCCCCUGACUCUGGGGUUGACCCCAGGACACCCCAACCCUCUGACCCCAGGACACCCCAACCCCCUGACUCCAGGACACCCCAACCCCCUGACUCCAGGACACCCCAACCCCCUGACCCCAGGACACCCCAAUCCCCUGACCCCAGGACACCCCAACCCCCUUCCGGGUCACAGUGAGACAGAAACCAGUACGGUGGAGGUGGAGAGUCUGGACCAGGACUUACCCCCAGUGUCUGCCAGUCACAAGCGUCAGAAGGAACAGCAGGCAGGUGGAGCAGCAAAGAAACCCAGGCCAAACAGAAAGAGCUCAGUGCCUCCCAAGAAGAACAACAGGAAAACUGCCCACAGCAGUGACAGUGAAGACCAGUUAGUGGGUGAGAGUAUGGCUAAGUCUUCAGCCUCCAAGACCCAUGGUGCAGCAGACAUGAAGGGGUCCAUCUCCCCCAAGUGUCUCAGCCAGGGACAGGUUGAGGGACACACCCCUCCAUCCAGCCAGAAGUACCACAAGGAGCAGCAGCAUGGGUACCCUGACCACAGAGCGCACAAUGGCAGAACACCAUCCGUCUACAAGUGGAGCGUCCAGAUGUCGGACCUGGAGAAGAUGUGUAGUCUGGAGAGGAUUUCCUUCCUCCAGGAGAAGCUGCAGGACAUCAGGAACCACUACCUGUCUCUCAAGUCUGAGGUGGCAUCCAUCGACAAACGACGCAAACGCAUCAAGAAGAAAGAGAGAGAGAGUACAGUGGCUGCAUCUUCCUCCUCCUCCUCUUCCUCGUCCCCGUCCUCCAGCUCUCUAACAGCAGCGGUGAUGUUGACGCUAGCCGACACUCCUGUGUCGUCCUCUUCCUCCUCUCAGAACUCUGUGGUGUCUGUAGAGUGUAGGUGACAGGACACCCCUCACCCUCCCAACCUUCUGAGGCCCAGGACACAGCACUGAGCACCAAACCAGCACCACCCUGGUCCAACACCCAGGCCCCGUCAGCAUCCACCCAAGACACACAACGUUUCCCCAGGCCCCAUAACCUCCACCUAUACCCUAUAUUCACCCUGACCCAACAGAACAGCCCCCAACCAGGCACCAUCACCCUCAUCUCCACCACUCCCAAGCCCAACUGACAACCCACCCAGGCCCCUCCACACCAACACCCUUCCAACAGAACUGACAACCCACCCAGGCCCCUCCACACCAACACCCUUCCAACAGAACUGACAACC